AUAGGGUAAGGGGUAUGGUUAUAUGCGCCUGUUGUCUUAGAUGACUUAGAUUUUUCGCAGUUCUUCCAAAGCAAAAGUCCUCAUUAUGAGAACUAUGACUACGGUCAUUUUCAUUGCAAAUACUGCAUUAUAGGUUUUUUAUCACUUUAUGUUUAUCAAACAUCUUAGCAUUAUAAACAUUUAGCUAUUCACGUAUGGAAUCUUCAUCUGAAGUUAACAUGCCGCUGCUCCCGCAUCGCACAGCCCUACACAGCCCAUCUGACGUUACAGAGGGUAGUGGGGAUUGAACCACACCCUCCUACAAGGCAGAAUGGGAGUGAUAUGAGAAGGGAACAUAAACAGAACGAAUUCCCAACUACUCGAGUUCAGGAUGAACCAUACUUCGUCGCAAUGGAGAAAUCUGCGAAUACUGUUAACUAUGAUCCCCUGCCUUCAGAUGGGUCGAUGAUCCGCUUGGUCACAAUCCUUCCCGGUGUAAAACAUAAAAAGGUCAAAUGCACAGUGGCGAACUAUCCCUUUUCCAAAUUUUCCAAAGGCGCAACUGGAAGUGUUGAGUACGAGGCGCUAUCAUACGUAUGGGGAGACGCUUCAAUCACAAAUCCUAUCACACUCAAUGGCCAGCCGUUUCGGGUAACAAUAAAUCUCGAAGCUGCGCUACGCGCAUUAAGACUACAAGAUAAAAGAAGACAUGUCUGGAUAGAUGCGAUGUGUAUCAAUCAGACCAAUUUGCAGGAGCGAAACCAGGAGGUCCGACGCAUGGGUGAUAUCUAUAGCAACGCGCGACAAGUUAUCGUAUGGUUGGGCCGCGAGGUGGAACCUGGAGAUGUGCACAUCUCGGAUGAUCGUGUUACUCAAAAGACUCACAGUUUAUUAAACUCCUUGGCAGAUGCGAGCCCUCAAGAUCCCGAUGCUGCCGCACGAGUUUUAGAUAGAACGGGAAAUACUAUGCAAGCACUAUUGCUUCUGCAUAAAUUCUUCUAUCGCCCAUGGUUUCAACGCAUCUGGAUCUUGCAGGAAAUAGCUCUGGCGAGGACUGCAACGAUCGUAUUCGGUGGCCGCGGGAUAGGUUGGGAUAGACUUCUACAAGCUGUCGACGCCCUGCGCAGACUUCAGCUUGGUUCGCAUACGCAUAUAUGGAGACUGAGCGGCGGAGGGGAAGCGGAUCGCGUGCAGAGGUGUUGGAUGCGACGUCGAACCGCAACAUCACAGGGCGAACUAGAGCAAUCCAUCCACUUUGAACUAGCCGACCUGCUGUGGCAAACGCGCUUCUACAAGUGUACUGAACCUAGGGAUAGAUUAUACGGUAUCCUAGGUUUAGUGAAGGGCGAUUUAAGCGGAGAGAAGUUACUUGAAGUUGAUUAUACGAAAUCCGUCGCCGAAAUAUUCAGAGAUUUGUCCAUUUUUAUGAUCAAAGGGGGAAAGCUUAGUCAUGUCCUUUGCGCCGUAACAGAAGAUACUAUAGAUGGUUUGCCGUCAUGGGCAACGGCUUGGAUUGCUAAAUUAGAGGGUACGACAGCCUCGAAACUUUCGAAUGGCAUCGUGAUGCACAUGCAGUCCUAUGAAUUUAAGGGUAUCGAACAACCGCCAAACCCGCCACGCCUCUCGGUCGAUUCUCAAAGGAUAACGAUCAAGGGAUUUAUAUUCGAUGAUAGCAUUCGGCAUGUUAGUAAACACUUCAAUCAGGGUGCUACCACCGACUACACCCUUGACCGACGGGCUAAGUUGAUUCGCACGCAGCUUACUGGAUGGCAGGAAGAUAUGGAAUGCCAGCGUUGUGCACAAGAAAUAUUCAAAACUCGAGCUGAACGAUGCGAGGCCUGGAAGCACGCUAUCCUUCAUGAGUUGCCAGGCGACAAGACCGAGCUAGGCCAACAUUAUGACCUAUUAAUGAACCACGAGGAUGAACUACCAUCAGCAACCGAGAGUGCACUGAUACUGCGCCUUGUCACCGAUCUAGAUGCGAACCUAGGGCUUCAUUGUGACUUCCGAAGGCCUUUCAUAACACGAUCAGGCCUCAUGGGUAGUACGGGUACGAGUUGUGAUGUGCAUCUUGAGGAUAAAUUAUGUGUAUUUGUUGGAUCGGCUGUGCCUUACCUCCUUCGGCCUAUUGAUGAGGCCAAGAGGUUGUAUCGCUUCGUCACUUGCUGUUGGGUACCUGGACUUCUAGACCUCGAUUUGGAGGAAGGACAAAAGAGGGGGCUAUGGAAAAUACAGGAUAUCACCCUCGUUUAAUCACAAGGGAGGUGCGCACUUCCAGAUUAAGGCGCAUAAGGUAUAGCCCCAGGUGGGAACGGAUUUUGUCCAAUCGUGACUGCGAAAGUUAUAGGCUUUUUAGCUGCUACUGCAUAAAGCAAGCUCCGAUCGGGGGUUGGAACGAAGCUAUAUGUUCUCAGGGGGCUGGGGCAGUCUGUUUCGCGGCAUAUUGCUUUCGACCCUCCUCUUUGAGCUUCUCAUCGUCUGGGCGACGAAGCUCUACUUGGGGCAUCAUGAACCAUGCGACGAAAAAUGCGAAAGCUGCUAAAGACGCCCCAACAAUGAAUAUCACCCUAAAACCUUGGCGAUAUGCAGGCACAAGCACCGAGCGAAUAUGUUGAGCAUCGCUUGGAGGUAAAGAUGAGAGAUAAGACUGUGGACUGUUGAGAAGGUCCUUGAGAUCGGCUUCGCUGAUACUUAAUGAUGACAGAGAUUUUGCCACGAUAUUGUUUCUGGGUGCCCAGAUGGCAAGACCGAAUGUUCCACCCAAAUUCCGCACA